UCAGGAUGGGUGCCCAGAGCGGGUGCCGGGCCCUGGCGUGGGCCCUUGUGGUCCUGCCCUUGGUGCAGAAGGCAGAGACCCAGGGCGGCACGGAGCAGAGCUGGGCGAGUCAGGAGGCCACCGUGAACGCCCAGCGUGUGACCUUCAUCCCGCCCAUCACUGGCUUCCCCACCAUGCGCUCCCCGAACGCGGCGCACGGCGGGCGGGUGUGCAGCACGUGGGGCGACUUCCACUACAAGACCUUCGACGGCGACGUCUUCCGCUUCCCCGGGCUGUGCAACUACGUCUUCUCCGCGCACUGCGGUGCCGCCUACGAGGACUUCAACCUCCAGCUCCGCCGCGGCCUGGUGGGCUCCAGGCCCACGGUCACCCACAUCAUCCUCAAGACGCAGGGGCUGGUGCUGGAGGUCUCCAACGGGUCCAUCCUGGUCAACGGGCGGCGGGAGGAGUUGCCCUACAGCCGCGCCGGCCUCCUGGUGGAGGAGAGCAGUGCCUAUGUCAAGGUCAACAUCCGGCUGAUGCUGACCUUCACGUGGAACGGAGAGGACAGCGCCCUGCUGGAGCUGGACCCCAGGUACGCCAACCAGACCUGCGGCCUGUGCGGGGACUUCAACGGGCUCCCGGCCAUCAACGAGUUCUAUGCCCACAAUGCCAGGCUGACCCCUGUACAGUUUGGGAACCUGCAGAAGCUGGAUGGGCCCACGGAGCAGUGCCAGGACCCCCUGCCCUCCCCAGCUGACAACUGCACAGAUGGAGAGGGCAUCUGUCGCCAAACCCUGCUGGGUCCAGCCUUUGCUCAGUGCCACAGGCUGGUGGAUGCCGAGGUGUACGUGGCCACCUGCACCCAGGACCUGUGCCGCUGCCCCACCUGCCCAUGUGCCACCUUCGCGGAGUACUCUCGCCAGUGUGCCCACGCCGGGGGACAGCCGCAGAGCUGGAGGGGCCCUGACCUCUGCCCCCAGACGUGCCCGCUGAACAUGCAGCACCAGGAGUGUGGCUCACCCUGCGCGGACACCUGCUCCAACCCCGAGCGCUCCCAGCUCUGCGAGGACCACUGCGUCGACGGCUGCUUCUGCCCCCUAGGCACGGUGCUGGACGACGUCACCCACUUGGGCUGCCUGCCCCUGCGGCAGUGCCCCUGCACCCACGGCGGCCGCCCCUACGCCCCGGGGGCCUCCUUCGCCACCAGCUGCAGCUCCUGCACCUGCUCCGGGGGACUAUGGCAGUGCCAGGACCUCCCGUGCCCGGGCAUCUGCUCCGUCCAGGGCGGGUCCCACAUCUCCACCUACGAUGAGAAACUCUAUGAUGUGCACGGGGACUGCAGCUACGUCCUAACCAAGAUAUGUGCAGGCAACGCCCUCACCGUGCUGGCCGAGCUGCGGAGAUGCGGCCUGACGGACAACGAGAACUGCCUCAGAGCAGUGACGCUGAGCUUGAGCGGAGGGGACACGGCCAUCCAGAUCCAGGCCAACGGCGGGGUGUUCGUGAACUCCAUCUACACGCAGCUGCCCGUGUCAGUGGCCAACAUCACCGUCUUCAGGCCGUCAUCCUUCUUCAUCCUGGUGCAGACGGGCCUCGGGCUGCAGCUGCAGGUGCAGCUGGUGCCCCUCAUGCAGGUGUUCCUCAGGCUGGACCCCUCCUACCAGGGCCAGAUGUGUGGCCUGUGCGGGAACUUCAACCGGAACCAGGCCGACGACUUCCGGACCAUCAGCGGCGUAGUGGAGGGCACGGCCGCCGCCUUCGCCAACACCUGGAAGACGCAGGCCGCCUGCCCCAACGUCAAGAACGGCUUCGAGGACCCCUGCUCCCUCAGCGUGGAGAACGAGAACUACGCCCAGCACUGGUGCUCCCUGCUGACCGACCCUGCCGGGGCCUUCUCGUCCUGCCAUUCUGUCAUCAACCCUGGGCCCUUCCACUCGAACUGCAUGUUCGACACGUGCAGCUGCGAGAAGAGUGAGGACUGCAUGUGCGCGGCCCUGUCCUCCUACGUGCGGGCCUGCGCCGCCCGGGGCGUGCUGCUCGGCGGCUGGAGGGACGGCGUGUGCAACAAGUACGUGAGCAGCUGCCCCAAGACCCAGAGCUACGCCUACGUGGUGGACAGCUGUCAGCCCACCUGCCGCUCCCUAAGCCAGGCCGAUGUCACCUGCGACGUGGCCUUCGUGCCCGUGGACGGCUGCACCUGCCCCUCGGGCACCUUCCUGGACGACACCGGUGACUGCGUGCCCGCCGAGGCCUGCCCCUGCUACUCCCGUGGCUCUGUGCUGGCUCCCGGGGAGGUCCUGCACGACAGCGGUGUGGUGUGUUCAUGUGCGAGCGGGAAGCUGAGCUGCCUGGGAGCCGUGGAGGAGAGCACAGGGUGCGUGGCCCCCAUGCUGUUCCUGGAUUGUAGCAACGCCUCCGCGGACACGCCCGGGGCCGAGUGUGUGCGGAGCUGCCACGUGCUGGACGUAGACUGUUUCAGCACUCGCUGUGUGUCGGGCUGCGUCUGCCCCGCGGGGCUGCUGGCCGAUGGGAGCGGGGGCUGUGUGGCCGAGGAGGACUGCCCCUGCCUGCACAACGAGGCCGCCUACAGGCCCGGGGAGACCAUCAGGGUCGACUGUAACACCUGCACCUGCAGGGGCCGCAGGUGGGAGUGCAGCCGCCGGCCCUGCCUGGGCACCUGCGUGGCCUAUGGGGACGGCCACUUCAUCACCUUUGACGGCGAGCGCUACAGCUUUGAGGGGAGCUGUGAGUACACGCUAGCCCAGGACUACUGUGCGGGCAACAACGCCAGCAACGGGAGCUUCCGCAUCGUCACCGAGAACGUCCCCUGCGGGACCACGGGCGUCACCUGCUCCAAGGCCAUCAAGAUCUUCCUGGAGAACUAUGAGCUGAUCCUCCACGAGGGUUCCUACAAGGUGGUGCAGAGGGGGCCAGGCGGAGACCUGCCCUACAAGAUCCGUUACAUGGGCAUCUACCUGGCCGUCGAGACCCGCAGUGGCAUGGUUGUGUCCUGGGACCGGAAGACCAGCGUGUUUAUUCGGCUGCACCAGGAGUACAAGGGGAGGGUCUGCGGCCUGUGCGGGAACUUUGACGACAAUGCCCUCAACGACUUCACCACGCGGAGCCAGUCCGUGGUGGGCAACGCGCUGGAGUUCGGCAACAGCUGGAAAUUCUCGCCGUCCUGCCCGGACGCCCAGGCCCCCAAGGACCCCUGUACCGCCAACCCGUACCGCAAGCCCUGGGCCCAGAAGCAGUGCAGCAUCGUCAACAGCGCCACCUUCCGCGCCUGCCGUUCUCAGGUCGACUCCACCAGGUACUACGAGGCCUGCGUGAGCGACGCGUGCGCCUGCGACUCGGGGGGCGACCGUGAGUGUUUCUGCACGGCCGUGGCCGCCUACGCCCAGGCCUGCCACGAAGCGGGCGUGUGCGUGUCCUGGCGGACCCCGGACAUCUGCCCCCUGUUCUGCGACUACUACAACCCACAAGGGGAGUGCGAAUGGCACUACCAGCCCUGCGGGGCCCCCUGCCUGAGGACCUGCCGGAACCCCAGCGGGCAUUGCCUGAUGGACCUGCCAGGCCUGGAAGGCUGCUACCCAAAGUGCCCGCCCAGCAAGCCGUUCUUCAACGAGGACGAGAUGAAGUGCGUGGCCCAGUGUGGCGGCUGCUACGACGAGGACGGAAACUACCACGAUGCCGGCACCAGGGUCCCCACGGCGGAGAACUGCCAGAGCUGUGACUGCACCUCCGGAGGCCUCCAGUGCACAUACAGCCCCACGGCCUGUACGUGCACCUACGAGGGCAGAACCUAUGCCUACGGGGACGUCAUCUACAACACGACCGACGGGCUGGGCGCCUGCCUGAUUGCCAUCUGCAGAGACAAUGGAACCAUUGUCCGAAAGGCCGAGGAGUGUCCCGGAACCCCGUCCCCAACGCCCUUCACCUUCACCAGCACUGCGGCUCCGCCCUCCACCACAGGCGCGGUCCCCACGCCCUCCACCGUGUGCGUGCAGGAGCGCUGCCGCUGGUCCGACUGGUACGACAGUGGACGUCCAGAGCUGGGCAUGGUGGGGGGAGACUUCGAGACAUUCGAGAACCUGAGGCAGAGGGGCUACCAGUUCUGCCCGGCCCCAGCGCACGUCGAGUGCCGGGCCCAGCAGUUCCCGGAUAUGCCUUUGGAGAAGCUGGGCCAGAAGGUGGAGUGUGGCCAGGCCUGGGGGCUGACCUGCCUCAACAGCGAGCAGAACCCCCCGCUCUGCCACAACUACGAGCUGAGGGUCCUCUGCUGCGACUACGUGCCCUGCAGCACCAGCCCGGCCCCGGGCACCAGCCAGCGGCCAUCCUCCCAGCCCCUGCCCACCUCCACCCAGACCACACCCACCAGAGGAACCACCCUCCUGUCCAUGGCGCCCUCCGCCUCACAGACCCCAUCCGUCAAGCCUGCCUCAACCGUGACCCGAGUGGGCAGCAGCUCUGUGGUCCCGGCUACCACCACGUGUGAGCCCCGCUGUCAGUGGACGGAGUGGUUUGACGAGGACUACCCCAAGUCCGAGGAGGCCGGGGGGGACGUUGAGUCCUACGACAAGAUCAGGCGUGCGGGAGGGGCCGUGUGUGAGCAGCCCCAGGGCAUAGAGUGCCAGGCUGAAAACUUCCCCGACGUGAGGCUGGAGGAGCUGAAUCAGCGCGUGCACUGUGACGUCAGCUUCGGCCUGGUCUGCAGGAACGACGAGCAGGUGGGCCUGUUCAAGAUGUGCUACAACUACAAAAUCCGCGUGCUGUGCUGUGGGUAUGGCCACUGCGGGGAGCCCACGUCCCCCACUGCCACUGCCACCGCAUCCACUGUCACAGCCCGCACGGCCACCACCUCCACUGCCACAGCCACCACUGUGGCCACCUCUACAGCCACCACUGCCACCACAUCCACUGCCACAGCCCCCACUGCCACCGCAUCCACUGCCACAGUCACCACUGUGGCCACCGCUACAGCCACCACUGCCACCACAUCCACUGCCACAGCGCCCACUGCCACCGCAUCCACUGCUGCAGUCACCACUGUGGCCACCUCUACAGCCACCACUGCCACCAAAUCCACUGCCACAGCCCCCACUGCCACCACAUCCACUGCCACAGCCACCACUGUGGCCACCUCUACAGCUCCCACUGCCACCACAUCCACUGCCACAGCCACCACGGCCACUACCUCCACUGCCACAGCCACUACGGUGGCCAUCUCUACAGCCACCACUGCCACCAUAUCCACUGCCACAGCCCCCACUGCCACCGCAUCCACUGCUGCAGUCACCACUGUGGCCACCUCUACAGCCACCACUGCCACAGCCCCCACUGCCACUGCAUCCACUGCCACAGCCCCCACUGCAGCCACCUCCACUGCCACAGCCCCCACCCCCAUAGCCCCCAUGUCCCCCACUGCCACUGCCACAGCCACCACUGCCACAACCUCCACUGCUACAGUCACCACUGCAGCCACCUCCACUGCUGCCAUUGCCACAGUGACCACCUCUGCUGCCACAGCCCCCACGUCCCCCACUGCCUCCAGCACCACCACCGCUGUGUCACCAGCCACGCAGCCCAGGACACGGCCAGGGAGCACAGGGGUGACCAGGUCCCGCGCCAGCAGUGCCACACCAGCACCUUCCCUUUCCACGGGACUGACAGCCCAAGUGACAUCCUCGAGGCCCAGCCACACAGGCACGCUCCCAGUGUCUGCCACGUCGGUCCUCCUGACUCACACAGCCUCAAGGGGGCCGACCCCAGCGUCGGUGAUGACGCAAACCUCCACGUCUCAGCCGUUGACGGGAACAGCAGUGGGCAAAACGGGCACCACCUCCACUGGCCCGCUGUCCACCUCGCACCCUGAGACCAGCAUGCCGGGAACCCCGCUGUCGACGGGCACCACCACGUGUGAGCCCCGCUGUCAGUGGACAGAGUGGUUUGACGAGGACUACCCCAAGUCCGAGGAGGCCGGGGGGGACGUUGAGUCCUACGACAAGAUCAGGCGUGCGGGAGGGGCCGUGUGCGAGCAGCCCCAGGGCAUAGAGUGCCAGGCUGAAAACUUCCCCGACGUGAGGCUGGAGGAGCUGAAUCAGCGCGUGCACUGUGACGUCAGCUUCGGCCUGGUCUGCAGGAAUGACGAGCAGCUGGGCCUGUUCAAGAUGUGCUACAACUACAAAAUCCGUGUGCUGUGCUGUGGGUACGGCCACUGUGGGGAGCCCACGUCCCCCACUGCCACUGCUACCGCAUCCACUGUCACAGCCCGCACGGCCACCACCUCCACUGCCACAGCCACCACUGUGGCCACCUCUACAGCCACCAGUGCCACCGCAUCCACUGCCACAGCCCCCACUGCCACCGCAUCCACUGCUACAGUCACCACUGUGGCCACCUCUACAGCCACCACUGCCACUGCAUCCACCGCCACAGCCCCCACUGCCACCGCCACCACUGCUACAGUCACCACUGUGGCCACCUCUACAGCCACCACUGCCACUGCAUCCACUGCCACAGCCCCCACUGCCACCACAUCCACUGCCACAGCCCCCACUGCCACCGCAUCCACUGCCACAGCCCCCACUGCCACCGCAUCCACUGCCACCGCAUCCACUGCCACCGCAUCCACUGCCACAGCCCCCACUGCAGCCACCUCCACUGCCACCGCCCCCACCCCCAUGGCCUCCACGUCCCCCACCACCACUGCCACAGCGCCCACUGCCACAUCCUCCACUGCUAGAGUCACCACUGCAGCCACCUCCACUGCUGCCAUUGCCACAGCAGCCACCUCUGCUGCCACAGCCCCCACGUCCCCCACUGCCUCCAGCACCACCACCACUGUGCCACCAGCCACACAGCCCACAACAUGGCCGGGGAGCACAGGGGUGACCAGGUCCCCCACCAGCAGUGCCACACCAGCGUCUUCCCUUUCCACGGGACUGACAGCCCGAGUGACAUGGAGUCCCAGCCACACAGGCACGCUCCCAGUGUCUGCCACGGGGAGCCUCACAUCUCCCCCAGGGUCCACAGAGCCCACCGUCCCACGGAGGGCCACAUCGGUCCUCCCGACUCACACAGCCUCAAGGGGGCCCACCCCGACGUCGGUGACGAUGGAAACCUCCACGUCUCAGCUGCUGACGGGAACAGCAGUGGGCACAACGGGCACCACCUCCACCGGCCCGCUGUCCACCUUGCACCAUGAGACCAGCAUGCCAGGAAUCCUGGUGUUGACGGCCACCACUGGGGCCACCACCAGCCAGGGCACAACCAGCUGUCAACCCAAGUGCCAAUGGACAGAGUGGUUUGACGUGGACUUCCCCACCUCGGGGGUCAGGGGCGGAGACAUGGAGACCUAUGACAACAUCCGGGCCGCGGGCGGCAAGAUGUGUCAGCAGCCGCAGAGGAUUGAAUGCCGGGCGGAGAGCUACCCCGAGGUGAGCAUCGAUCAGAUCGGGCAGGUGCUCAGCUGCAGCCUGGAGGUCGGGCUGGUCUGCAGGAAUGAAGACCAGAGGGGGCAGUUCACCAUGUGCUUCAACUACAACAUCCGUGUGUACUGCUGUGAUGAUGUCCGGCACUGCCCCACCACGGCUACCCCCUACCUCACCUCCACCACACUGCCCGCCACCAGCAGCUCCACAGCCACGGUGCCAUGGCCCUCGACCUCUGCCACGACCCAGACCCAACCCACCUCCACCGCACCGCCUGCCACUGGCAGAUCCACGGCCACAGUGCCAAGUCCCUCGAUCUCUGCAGUGACCCAGACGGGUGCCCCCACCACGGCCCCUCCAACUGCGCACAUUCACGAGACCACCUUCGGGACCACCCUGCUCCCCACCCCCGUGACGCCCAACACUAGGGCUACCACCUACACCCGCUCCCUGCACCCCACAGCCUCUCCUCAGGUCACAGAGCUCCCCACCAGGCCCUUCGAGACCACACCCGGACCCCCCAUCACCAAACCCAGCACAGGCCACGCCACCUCCAGCACAGGGGCGGGCACCAGAGCCUCCGUAUCCACCCGCAUGCCUGAGCCCAGCACCUCCUCACUGGGCACCACCCUCGGCUCCUCCAUGGCCACCUCCACAGCCACGGUGUCCUCGCAGAAGACCCACACCUCCAGCACCCCGUUGGUCACCACGUCCCCAUACACCGGGUCCACGGCCUGUCAGCCUCGCUGUGCCUGGACAGACUGGCUGGACCAGAGCUACCCGAUGCCAGGGGCCUCUGGGGGGGACUUUGAGACCUAUGCUAAUAUCCAGGCGGCCGGUGGGGCCAUCUGCCAGCAGCCUCUGCAGCUGCAGUGCCGGGCCGAGGCCCUGCCUGAGGAGGCCCUGCAGGAUCUGGGCCAGGUGGUGCAGUGCCGGCUGGAGGAGGGCCUGGUGUGCCGGAACCGAGACCAGCGUAGCCUGAUGUGCCUCAACUACCAGAUCCGCGUGUUCUGCUGUGACCACAGCCACUGCCCCAGCCCCGCCAGCCCCACGUCCAGCACGCCGGCCCCCUCACCCUCCACCACCAGCACCAGCACUGGCAGUCUGUCAUCGAAGGUCACCACCCAGACGCACCUCUCCUCCCCAGGGACGAUCAAGAGGGUCUCCACCCCCACCACUCUGACAGGUCCCUCCUCCACGGGGACCACCGAGGGGGUCUCCACCCCAACCAGUGUGACAGGUCCCUCCUCCACGGGGACCACCCAGAGGGUCUACGCCUCCACCAGUGUGACAGGUCCCUCCUCCAUGGGGACCACGCAGAGUGUCUACACCUCCACCAGUGUGACAGGUCCCUCCUCCAUGGGGACCACCAAGAGGGUCUAUGCCUCCACCAGUGUGACAGGUCCCUCCUCCACGGGGACCACCGAGGGGGUCUCCACCCCCACCAGUGUGACAGGUCUCUCCUCCACGGGGACCACCCAGAGCAUCUCCUCCACCACCCGUAUGACAGGUCCCUCCUCCAUGGGGACCACGCAGAGUGUCUACACCUCCACCAGUGUGACAGGUCCCUCCUCCACGGGGACCACCCAGAGGGUCUCCACCCCCAGCCGUGUGACAGGUCCCUCCUCCACGGGGACCACCCAGAGGGUCUCCACCCCCAGCCGUGUGACAGGUCCCUUCUCCACAGGGACCACCCAGAGUAUCUCCUCCACCACCCGUAUGACAGGUCCCUCCUCCACGGGGACCACCAAGAGGGUCUACGCCUCCACCAGUGUGACAGGUCCCUCCUCCAUGGGGACCACGCAGAGUGUCUACACCUCCACCACUCUGACAGGUCCCUCCUCCAUGGGGACCACCGAGGGGGUCUCCACCCCCACCCAUGUGACAGGUCUCUCCUCCACAGGGACCACCCAGAGCAUCUCCUCCACCACCCGUAUGACAGGUCCCUCCUCCACGGGGACCACCAAGGGGGUCUCCACCACCACCCAUGUGACAGGUCCCUCCUCCACAGGGACAACCCAGAGGGUCUCCAGCCCCACCACUCUGACAGGUCCCUCCUCCACGGGGACCACCCAGAGGGUCUCCACCCCCACCCGUAUGACAGGUCCCUUCUCCACGGGGACCACCAAAAGGGUCUAUGCCUCCACCAGUGUGACAGGUCCCUCCUCCGUGGGGACCACACAGAGUGUCUACACCUCCACCAGUGUGACAGGUCCCUUCUCCACGGGGAACACGCAGAGUGUCUCCACCCCUACCACUCUGACAGGUCCCUCCUCCACGGGGACCACCAAGAGGGUCUCCACCCCCACCCUUGUGACAGGUCCCUCCUCCACGGGGACCACCAAGGGGGUCUCCACCACCACCCAUGUGACAGGUCCCUCCUCCACGGGGACCACCAAGAGGGUCUACGCCUCCACCAGUGUGACAGGUCCCUCCUCCACGGGGACCACACAGAGGGUCUACACCUCCACCAGUGUGACAGGUCCCUCCUCCACGGGGACCACACAGAGGGUCUCCACCCCCAGCCGUGUGACAGGUCCCUCCUCCACGGGGACCACCCAGAGGGUCUCCACCCCCAGCCGUGUGACAGGUCCCUUCUCCACAGGGACCACCCAGAGUAUCUCCUCCACCACCCGUAUGACAGGUCCCUCCUCCACGGGGACCACCAAGAGGGUCUAUGCCACCACCAGUGUGACAGGUCCCUCCUCCGUGGGGACCACACAGAGUGUCUACACCUCCACCAGUGUGACAGGUCCCUUCUCCACGGGGACAACCCAGAGGGUCUCCACCCCCACCACUCUGACAGGGCCCUCCUCCACGGGGACCACAAAGAGGGUCUCUACCCCCACCCGUGUGACAGGUCCCUCCUACCCUGGGACCACCCGGAGGGUCUACACCUCCACCAGUGUGACAGGUCCCUCCUCCAUGGGGACCAACGAGAGGAUCUCUACCCCCACCCGUGGAACAGGUCCCUCCUCCAUGGGGACCACCCAGAGGGUCUCCUCCCCCACCAUUCUGACAGGUCCCUCCUCCAUGGGGACCACCAAAGGGGUCUCCACCACCACCCAUGUGACAGGUCCCUUCUCCACGGGGACCACCCAGAGGGUCUCCACCCCCACCCGUGUGACAGGUCCCUUCUCCUCUGGGACCACCCAGAGGGUCUACACCUCCACCAGUGUGACAGGUCCCUCCCCCACGGGGACCACCCAGAGGGUCUCCACCCCCACCCGUGUGACAGGUCCCUUCUCCUCUGGGACUACCCAGAGUGUCUACACCUCCACCAGUGUGACAGGUCCCUCCCCCACGGGGACCACCCAGAGGGUCUCCACCCCCAGCACUCUGACAGGUCCCUCCUCCACGGGGACCACCGAGGGGGUCUCCACCUCCACCCGUGUGACAGGUCCCUUCUCCACAGGGACCACCCAGAGCAUCUCCUCCACCACCCGUAUGACAGGUCCCUCCUCCACAGGGACCACCAAGAGGGUCUAUGCCUCCACCAGUGUGACAGGUCCCUCCUCCACGGGGACCACCGGGAGGGUCUACACCUCAACCACUGUGACAGGUCCUUCCUACUCUGGGACCACCCAGAGGGUCUACACCUCCACCAGUGUGACAGGUCCCUCCUCCAAGGGGACAACCCAGAGGGUCUCCACCCCCACCCGUGUGACAGGUCCCUCCUCCACGCGGACCACCGGGAAGGUCUACACCUCCACCACUCUGACAGGUCCCUCCUCCACGGGGACCACCCAGAGGGUCUCCACCUCAACCACUGUGACAGGUCCCUUCUCCCCUGGGACCACCGAGAGCAUCUCCACCCCUAGUCCCUCUGCCUUCCCGGGGUCCCCACCCAUGACCACCAAGCCAGGCUUGCCCAGUGUCUCUCCUACGGGUCCCCUUUUGACUUCCCCCGUAUCGACCGCCUCCUGGUCCCCACCCACCACCUCUUCCUGGUCCGGGGUGGCCUCUGGCAACCCGGGGACCUUCUCCAUCUCCACUGCCUCUCCCAGCCCCACCACAGCCUGCCUUUGCCACGCCUUCGGAAAGUUCUUCCUACCAGGGGACACCAUCUACAACAAGACCGACGGAGCGGGCUGCCACUUUUUAGCCAUCUGCAACCAGCGCUGUGACAUCGACCGCUUCCAGGGCGCCUGCUCCACCCCCUCACCCUCGGGGACCUCGGCCUCUGUUCCCCCGGACACCCCAGUUCCCGGCUGCGAUCGCACCAUCCCACCCCGACAGGUGAAUGAGUCCUGGACCCUGGAGGACUGCACAGUGGCUCGGUGUGAGGGUGACAACCGUGUCGUCCUGCUGGGGCCGAAGCCGAUGGGUGACGUCGUCUGCGUGAACGGGCACCUGCCCGUGAGAGUGCAGAGCGGGGAUGGGCCCUGUGACUUCAGCUACGAGUGCGAGUGCUCCUGCAGCGGCUGGGGGGACACCCACUACGAGACCUUCGACGGCACCUCCUACUCUUUCCUGGACAAUUGCACCCACGUCCUCAUGCGGGAGAUCCGGCCGCGCCACGGCAACCUCAGCAUUCUCCUGUACAACCACUACUGCGAGGCCGCCGCCAGCUGCCCCCGCGCCCUCGGCGUCCACUAUGAGUCCAUGGACAUCGUCCUCACCACCACCCCUGGCGCCGACGGGCAGGAGGAAAGCCUGAUCCUGUUUGGCCAAAUGCGGGUGAGGCAGAGCUUCAGCAAGAACGGCCUGACCGUGACGGCGACGGGGGCCACCGAGAUGAGCAUCGAGAUUCCCGCCGUCGGCGUGAGAGUCAUCUUCAACGGGCGGGUCUUCCAAGCCCAGCUGUCCUACAGCCACUUCAGCUACAACACCGAGGGCCAGUGUGGCACCUGCACCAACAGCCGCAGGGACGACUGUCGCCGGCCUGACGGCACCACGGCCCCCACCUGCCAGGACAUGGCCCAGUCCUGGCUGGUCCCCAACAGCAGCGGGGAGGGCUGCUGGGCACCGACCAGCCUGCCCCCGACCGCCAGCCCCCUGUCGCCGGCACCCAGCACACCCACCUCCACUCCGUGCCCCCCGGAACCCCUCUGCGAGCUGCUGCUGAGCCCGGUCUUCGCCGGGUGCCACGGCCUCAUCCCGCCCGGCCCGUUCUUCAGCACCUGUGUCAGCGACAGCUGCGAGCCCAGCCGCCCUGAAGCGCUCUGCCAGAGCCUGGAGGCCUACUCGGCGCUCUGCCGCGCCCGGGGCAUGUGCCCCGACUGGCGCAACGCCACCAGUGGGCUGUGUGACCUCACCUGCCCGCCCACCAAGGUGUAUAAGCCGUGUGGCCCCGUGCAGCCCAAGUCCUGUGACUCCAGGAGCCAGAGCCCGGCGAGCAGGGGGCUGGCAGAGGGUUGCUUCUGUCCCGACGGCCACAUCCUGUUCAACUCACACACGGACGUCUGUGUGCCCGAGUGCCCCUGCGUGGGACCAGAUGGGUUUCCCAAAUUCCCCGGAGAGCGGUGGGUCAGCAACUGCCAGUCCUGCGUGUGUGAUGAAGGCUCCGUGUCGGUGCAGUGCGUCCCUGUGCAGUGCGAGGCCCGGGACCAGCCACAGGAAUGUGGCUGGGCCGGCUUCGUGGCCCAGACCAGGCCCCUGGCCGACAACCCUUGCUGCAUGGAAACUCUGUGUGUCUGCAACACGAGCACGUGCCCCCAGAGCCCACCCAAAUGUAGGCCGGGAGAGGAGCUGGCCUGCACCCAGGCGGAGAACAGCUGCUGCCCCACCUUCAGCUGCCGGCCUCAGCUGUGCACCUACAACGGCACCGUCUAUGGGGUCGGUGCAACCUUCCCAGCGGUCAUUCCCUGCCACACGUGCACCUGCCUGUCCGUGGACACCCGUGACCCGACCGUGCAGUGUGAGGAGGAGGCCUGCAACGCCACUUGUCCCCAGGGCUUCCAGUACUCGAGGGUGGCCGGGCAGUGCUGCGGGGAGUGCGUGCAGACAGCUUGCCUCACGUCCGACGGCCGGCUGGUCCAGCCCAACGAGACCUGGGUCAACAGCCUCGUGGACAACUGCACGUUGUACCACUGCCAGGCUGAGAACGGGCCCCCGAUGCUGACCCCGACGCCCGUCGCGUGCCCGGACGUGUCCAGCUGCAGGGGCAUCCUCAGGAAAAUCGGCUGCUGCUACUCCUGUGAGGAAGUGGACUCCUGCCAGGUACGCGCCAGCAUGACGGUCCUGCGACACCGGGGCUGCGCCACCCAGGCCGCCGUCAGCGUCCCCUUCUGCGAGGGCUUCUGCCCGGGAGCGUCCCGGUACUCCACGGGGGCCCGGGCCACGCAGUGCCCGUGCGUCUGCUGCCAGGAGACCAGGGCCCACCAGGAGGUGGUGACCAUGCAGUGUCCCAACGGGACGGCCUUCCAGCACACCUACACCCACGUGGACGAGUGCAGCUGUGGCCCAUCCUGCGUCUCCUCGGCCCAGGCUCCCGAGGACAGCACCCCCACCUUCCCGAUCUAUGGGUCCACCGCUGUCUGACGCAUUCUGCCCCCCCCUCACACGCCCGCCCCACGUGGAGCCAGAACACGCAGCACCCGACCACAGAAACCGCAGGAGCCCACGCACACCUCCCGUGAAUACCACUGCCCCCGCCCACUUUACACCUGCCCCAGGUGAAACCCAGGCCCUGGAGGGUGACAGCGUAGUGGGGGUCGGCUUGAGGAGGACCCCAGGCGGGGGGCGCCUGCCCUCAGAGCCCCUCCUGCCUGCUUUGGCCACCUGCCUGGCCUUCGGGACCUGAGCCUCAUCCGAAACACAUGCACCCACUCCCCCCAGGCUCACCCCGGUCCUGGGGUCAGAGGGAUGCCCCGGAGAAAACUGCACACCCACCGCCGUGCUGCUCCCACGGUGGGCCUGUGUGCCCCCCACUGCCCCUCGAAGCCCCGUGGCGCACAGGUGCCCGCUGGCUACACCUCCUGCAGCUGAGCGCAGACUGAGGCCUGUCCAGGCAAGGCCGGCUACCUGCUCACGUCUGGACCCCGGCCUGAGGCUACGAGGGCCAAGGGACGGGCCCCGGCGGGGUCGGCACCCCACAGCACCCCCUCUGCUCACCCAGCCCCAGUCUUUGAAAAUAAACAGCGAACAUCACAUACACUUCCUGGUCCUGGCGGCUCUCCCCUCCAUGUGUGGGCGGGGCUGUCCAGAGCCACACCCCUGGGGGACCCCCGGGAGGGACAGGCGGGGCAGGAGGCAAGAGGCCCCCAGGGUCAGGUCUUGGGCUGUGGGAGUACUGGCCAGAGUCAGGGGUCAUCCGAGGGUUCAAACACGCGGGUUUUAUAAGGAAGUUGGUUCACAGCUGCAGAAAGACCGGACAAGCCAAUGGGGGGAAGCCCCCGGGGGGACACGGAGGGCAUCAGUGUGGGAAACACUCCCUGCGCCUCUGCGGGGCAUUUCCUUCAGGCACUUGUCACACGUCAACUUGCUGUGCAUCUGACCUUCGCUUCUCUCUCCACCGAGGGCAGGGGUUGCUGCCUUUCUCUUCUGCUGCAUCCAGAGCGGAGAACACUGCCAGCACAGGAUGGGGUGGGGCGAGCAGGGUGCAAGGGUGGGGCGGUGCCCCCGGCUUGAGUGUCCACAUGGGCAGGGGCAGCUACGAGAGGGCGGGGCUUCCACUGGGGAGGCAAAGGCGCUGCUGGCCGGGGCCAAGGAAGCCUGGCGAGCGUGUGCGGGCCGGGGGGCUUCUGGGGCCUCCUCCAUCAUGUGACCUGCCUCUGCGCUCUGUGUGCGUCUGCCCACCCAGGGAAUGGCAGCCACAGUGAUUUACAUUGUCCCCCGUGGGCUGGGGUCCUCAGCUCCCGGGGAAGGUGGGCCUGUGGUCUCUUCAGUGGCCUUUCCUACUCACAUCACCGAGGUCUGGUCAGGGCAGGCCACCCUGGGACUGGGCCGGAGAUGGUCCAGGAGGGCUGACAAGGUUACAGACACACUGCAGGUGAGUCUGGCUGCCCCCCUCGGUCACCACUGGGGUCAACUGUAAACUUGCCGUGUCUCACAGUCUGAUUUCCUGUGGGGGGGCUGUGGCCAAGUCAUGCCCCAGCCUUAGUCUUUGUUAACCCACAUGUAAACCAACAGCAUUUCCUAAACCUCAGUCAUUCUCGGGGCACGACUGCUUCCUUAAACCCAUGUACCUCUUACAAAACUAAGCGUGUUUCCAAGGUACCUGGAAAAUGAGUGUCCGUCUCCACAGACCCGAGCUCAUGUGUGUGAAGUGUUCUCACCCGUCACAGACUAGAGCUCACUUUGGAGACCAGUGCCCAGAUGUCUCUUUGCAGGCUCGCUCUCUGCCUGGUAUGGAAUUAAGGAAACUGAGCUAAAGUUGGAGUCGGGACAGGCCUGCAGCGGAAGCUCUCAUGCCCGCAAUGCAUCAUCAACUACCCCAAACAGGAAGAGACGUCCCCCUGCACGCCCCCCACAGGAAGGCAUCUCUACUGACCAUCCGGCAGGAGGAAGGAAACUUCUCUCCUCCCACGGCAGCCCAGCCAAUCAGAGACUGCAGCGGCCCAGCCCACGGGAAGCCUCCUUACUCCGGACCCCCAGCUCCUCCAAUGGGCUCUGGUUAUCACAGCCCCGCCCAGCUCCCCCUUUUGCCCAUAAAAGCAAGAUCCCCCUCCUUGUUCUCUGGAUUUGCCUGUGGGCCACCAUGGUUCACAGAUACUG